AUGUCUCACCACCAUCACCGCAUCCUCGUAUGGUUCUCUCAAUAUCUGUGCCAAGAAGUGUCUCAUGACGUAGCAGCUUCUUCACAAAAAAUCCUGAGUGGUUUAGUUCCCGCCCCAUACGACAACACAGUAACUUCAAUAUCGCAACUUAAAUCUGCAGAUACGAUAAAACACAAAAGCACCAGAAAGUCUAAGCGGAGCCCCCAUCUCACGGCCACCCAGCUACCCAUGAGCUUGUGCAGCUCUUUUAAAAAUUCGGCUUUGGCCUUCCGUGGCUUCGUUCUGAGCUGCUGCCAUGGCCCCUCCUCCAUACCUAGAGAAAUCCCGAUCUUGUUAUGCACGCCGACGAUGGGGCAGAACAUGUCUACGGGUAGAUACUAG